AUGUCUCUCAGACGGUCAGCGCGACUAGGCGCUGCCAUCCAGACGCCCCCGCUGCAAAGCGCAACUCCCAAAGUGACCCGCGUACAGCACAGCGCAGUCGCCAAACCAACCAAACCCAAGAAGACAGUUCCAAAGACACCGACAAAACCACCAGCAAAGUCCAGGACCUCAUACUGGUCUCCAGAACCUCCAGCGACAGAUACACCGCAGAACACAGAUGACGACAAGCUGAACCCUCCCUCCGACAUCACCGCGAACCGCCGACACCUCACCCCCCUCCCCUGGACCGGCCCGUCGACCCGCACUGCACAAACGCAACCCGAAGCCUCGCCCUCAAAGACAGGCCUGCCCCGACCCGUCGCCACAACUGGAACGCUUCUCGAGCAGGCCGUGGCGCACCUGAUCGCCGCCGACCCGCGCCUGCAGCCCGUGGUCGCGCAGCACCCAUGUCCGCUCUUCUCGCCGGCGGGCCUGGCCGAAGAAAUCGACCCGUUCAACAGCCUGACCAGCAGCAUCAUCGGACAGCAGGUGUCGGGCGCCGCGGCCAAGUCCAUUCGCAAUAAAUUCCUGGGUCUCUUCUUCCCGCCGGCUGUGGAUGGCGUCGAUAGCACUGAUAGUACUGGUGGACGACCCCGGUUCACGCGGUUCCCGACGCCUGCCGAGGUGGCGCGGUGCGAUAUUGCGACGCUGCGCACGGCGGGCUUGUCGCAGCGCAAGGCGGAGUAUAUCCAGGGUCUGGCGGAGAAGUUUGCUAGCGGCGAGCUGAGCGCGCAGAUGUUGGCGCGCGCUAGUGAUGCGGAGCUUGUUGAGAAACUCACUGCUGUGCGGGGGUUGGGUCGGUGGUCGGUUGAGAUGUUUGCGUGCUUUGCUCUUAAGCGCAUCGAUGUCUUUUCCACUGGCGAUCUGGGUGUGCAACGAGGCUGCGCUGCAUUUGUCGGUCGAGAUGUCAACAAACUCAAAGGCAAGGGCGGCGGGAAAUUCAAGUACAUGGCCGAAAAGGACAUGCUAGAUUUAGCUGCCAAAUUUGCUCCAUAUAGGAGUCUGUUUAUGUGGUAUAUGUGGCGCAUCGAGAACGUCGAUGUGGCUGUCCUUGGCGGGUAG